CAGCAUUAAAAGCCACAAGUUUUCUUUCAUUUAGACAAAGAAGCUAAAAAUCCAAGUGAAGAGGAUGACAGCGAAAAAGAAGGAGAAUCAAAGGCAAAUGAUGACACAUGAUGCAGUGCAUCGGUGCGUGUGUCACAAGCGCACCAGUUUGGGACCCCUGUCGUUCCACUCAAAUGUGAACGGUCGUCUGAUUACGCUGAGUGACGGUGGGCGACGGGCGACCAGAGAUGAAUCGUCGUUUCGCCACGGUCUGGUGUUCAGCACGCGACCGGUAAAGAUCCGAGAGAAGGUGCGCCUGCGGGUCGAGGACUUUACGAGGAAUUGGCACGGCUCGCUGCGGGUCGGUUUUGCAAAUGCUUUACCCGAGGAGUUACCCUCAAUGGCUGUUCCAGACUUAACCGACUCCUCUUCACAGUACGCAGCAGCGAUACUUCACGAGGACACGUGUUACCCAGGCUCAGAGAUGGAGUUCUGGAUCGACAGAUAUGCCAGAAUUUGCACACGAGGUUCUGAUGGUAUCACCUACUGUCAGAAGACUGACCUGAAUAUCCACUGGCCCAUCUGGGCGAUGAUUGACAUCUAUGGACAGACAAGCGAAGUGAUGCUGCUUGGUUCCAAAAAGAAAGAUCGGAUAUUCACGUAUAGGUCCUGCCCUGCUCUGAAACACAACAAACACACUGAUGAUAAUAACUGUGUCUAUGAAAUUCUGAAGAAACCAAUCAGCAUGCAGGACCAUGAAUCUGAUAACACAGGUACUGAAGCCUUUGACUCUGAAGACUGUGUAGUGUGUUACAGUGAAAAGCCCAACACUCUUCUGAGCUGCGGUCAUAAAUGUUUCUGUACUCCGUGUGCAAUGAAGAUCUAUGCGAUGUAUGGGACGUGUCCUUUGUGUCGUCAGUGCAUACAACCCAUCCAAAUUUUAGCUAGUGGCCACACCAGCUUGUUAUCCGCUUGUUAAGUUACGACGUAAAAAUACCAUCUCCUGGUCCAAGCCUCCACUCGCUUCAUUAGGGACUACAAUCUCAACAGCCAUUAUGAGCCAUAUUUAUUCAUAUCACACAUUUAAGCUAUAUUUUUAUAAACUUGCGGUGUACAAUGUGCACUGUGAGUGUUCAUACAGAUGCUUUAUUUGCGUAAGGCAUCUGAUGGAGCAUUUGGACUUGGAAGUUGACGUCAAACUUAACAAGCAGAUUGGUUCAUGCACGUUUCAGUGCUGUGGUUAUGUUAUGUAGAGGUUUGUCAUUGUACCCUCCACAUGCUGUACCUCUGUAUUAUUACCUCUGGUUUGUAAGUCACUUUGCAUAAAGGGAUCUACACAAAUUAUUUCACAGUUUACAUGUAUAUAUGAAAACUAUAUACUAUGUAUACCAUAAUGAACAUAUAAAGACUAAAUGUAAAUAUUGUAUAUAUAUAUUGUAUUGUAGCAUAACAGUGUGAAUAUGUUUAGCAACACUGGUUUUAAAUACACUUUUUUGUACAUACAAAAACACAAAUCAUGUAAAAAUCAUGUGAUCAUGUUACACUCAAAACUCAAUUUGAC